AUGGAGCCGUCGAGCACGUCAUUGGAAACCAAUGCCGACAUCGACGAAUAUACCCGGUGUCUCGAAACCAAGGCCGUGUACUGGAAUCUGAAGCGGCAAAUCAGGGACGAGAUCCUCAGGUCCAAGUACAGCCUCGACGACAUCGAAGACGUGACCUCCACCGCGUUCAAUCGCCCCGGAGGACUGAGCCAGUUGAUCGAAAACUAUGUCUCGCAUCAGUGUGCCGUGGCAUGCGAGCGGCAUCAACCAGGCAUCGGCAGCGACAGAGCGGCAUCGAAACGAGACUCGGACAUCAAGAAUGCUGUCGAAGCUGCCAACCGCUCGCUCCGUAUGCUCGUGGAGAAGAGGCUUCAGACCCUAUCCGAUGAAACAGCGAUCCAGAUAUCGAGAAGGAGAACGACUGCCGAAGAGCUCCAGUUCAAGGAAAGUCAGGAGGAAAGCAAUCAAACGGGAGCAGAGACCACGCCGCUGUCGAUCACGAGCACCAUCAACAUGCCAUCCAAAUGCACUGGUGACGCCGAGAAGCUGUGUCUCUACGACGACUGCGAUUUGUUUGAAUUCAUGAAAGAGCUCAAGCUGCCUGAAACCAAGAGCAACAUCAUGUCGCCAGCCAUCUCUCCUGUCUUCACAAAGGCGUGGUCGGCAGUGCCGAUAGCGUUUGCAUCCAUGAGCCUGGAAGAUCUCCGCGAGAUCUUUGCCGACUUGGGCCCGCACCACGCCCACAUUGGUGUCGACGACAAUCUUGAAGAAGCCAGCGCCGAUGCAUUCAUCAGUGCCCGAAUCGAGCUUGGAGAGACGAUAUGCUCUUCUCAAUCCAUGUGGGCUGCGCGACAGUUUGCCAAGCAGGGUGUUCCAAGCAACCUCCGUCCCCAGAUAUGGGAUCUCAUUCUGCAAUCCGACUUGACAGAUAACUCGACUGCAUCGAAGGAGCAGUACUGCAGCAAGCUCAAAGCGAUCAUCUCGCGCUUCGACCUGCUUGUGGAUCGCCUCGUCCAGCGCGAUGCCAGACAUUCCCAGAACGACGAUACGUAUUUUGUGUUUGAGGAUAUGAUCCGCGAUAUCAUGCUGCUGUGGUCUCGGGACAGCUGGUUCCGUUCCCAUUGCAAGGACCGUCUGGGGAUCGUGCCGGAUGAUGGACUCGGCGCCGCGCUGGCCGCAGACCGCAUAUACCCACCCAACGGAAUCCUGCCGUUCUUUGGAGCGACAUGCUAUGCCAUGCCCGUGUGCUUUUUGCACUCGUCCCUGUCCUCUGCGUACUUUACAUUUCGCGAACUCUAUGCUCGAUACUUUUGCCGUCUGCACAACCUCUCGGAGAAACCCUCGACCCUGCUCUCCCUCAGCUGCACCUUUGAGGCCCUGAUGAAGCAGAGCGACCCAUUCGUAUAUCACUAUCUAUGCCACACAAUCGGCGUCCCGCCACUGACGUUUGCCUUUCGGUGGAUCAUGUAUGGCUUUGUCGGCGUCCUCGAUAUCGACCAAAUACUGCUGCUAUGGGACCGCAUCCUCGCCUUUGACCGGCUCGAGAUCCUGAGUCUGGCCGCCGCCGCCGUGUUCUGGUUUCGAAGAGAAAUGCUUCUGAGCUCGCGGACGCACAAGGAUGUACAGCAUGCCUUCUCGGAUCUGGCCAUGGUCAAGAUCAUUCCUCUGAUCCAGCACUUUCUGUUCAUGAGUCCCGCGAUCGAGCGCACUGCCGCGGGGCCGCCAAAGCCGGAGCCAAGCGAUCGCCAAACUGCCCCGGGGACGCCAGUCGAGAAAACCAGCGACACCGAGUCAACCGAGUGUGGCCCUGUCAAGAAAAAGGGAGCAGCUGAGGUGUCAGGGCGAGAAGUGACAGGGCGAGACCAAUGACGGAGGUCGGGUGGCCUUCACCAGGCGGUUGCUCCAUGGAUUAUCGUCAGCGCAAU